AUGUCCGAAGGCGCAAGUACCGUAAUCCCAGUAGAAAAUUGGCCAAUAGAUUCCACUAUUCAAAAGCUUAAAGAAUAUCUUGAAGAGAAAACACAAAUACCGGUUGAUUUUCAGAAAUUGAUUUAUAAAGGAACACUUAAAAAUGACACAACAUUACGAUCUAAUAAUUUUAAAUCUGGUAUCAAAGUAAUGUUAAUGGGAAGUUCUCAGCAAGAUAUUCAAAAAAUAAAAGAAUUUGAUUCGAAAAUAAUACAUCAACCUUUCGAAUCAAAAUCGGAAUAUUCCAUAAAUCCAUAUAAAAACGUAAAAAAAACCGAGGAUUCAUCAUCUAGUAAAUACACAUUUCAUAAUAUAAAAGUCAUAGAACAUUUUCCUAAUUCGGAUAAGGCACGAGAAUUACUUAUGAAAUUACGUGAUGAUCGAGGGAUUCGUGGAAUAAUGUUAAAACACCAAUGGAGUGUUGGGAUAUUACAAGAAUUAUCACCAGCCGAACAUACAAUAUUAGGGUAUAAUCAAAAUGCUGGACAAUUAAUUUCCAUAAGGUUAAGAACGGAUGAUAUGGAAGGUUUUAGACUAUAUUCAACAAUUCGAAGAACCUUAUUACAUGAGUUAUCUCAUAAUGUAUGGGGAGAACAUGAUGAAAAUUUUCAUCGUCUUAAUAGACAACUGAAUGAGGAAGUUGUUUCAUUGGAUUGGACUGCUUCAGGAGGAAAUCAAUUAUCCAAAGAGAAAUUUUAUAAUCCAUCAGAAGAAAUUGGAAUUAAUAAUAAUCAAUCAUUUGAAGGUGGAACUUUUACAUUAGGUGGAGAUCCAACACGAAAAAGAAAUAUGGAAAUGCGUGAAUUAUUAGCAGAAGCAGCAUUAAUUCGUCUUACCAAAGAAGAAAUCGAAUUAGAUGAGAAAUGUGGUUCUGUCAAACGUAAUAAAUCAUUAGAAUAG